AUGAAUCUUAUAGUACUAGCGUAUCUGAAGUCCAUAUCUUCUCAUGAUCAUAGUAUAAAUCGAUAUCGUACAUCUAAUCCAGUGUACAUACAGUUUAUAUCUAAAUCUGGUAACUGGAUGAACUGUCGGAAUGCAGAUCAUAGUGGAUGUAUUCCACAAUACCAGCACCAUCGAAAAACCAGAGAACAAACGACACCAGAGACCAGACAAAGACCAGACAAGAUCAGACAAAGAUCAGACAAAGAUCAGACAAAGACCAAACAAAGGCCAGACAAAGACCAAACAAAGACCAGACAAAGACCAGACAAAGACCAGACAAAGACCAAACAAAGACCAGACAAAGACCAGACAAAGACCAGACAAAGACCAAACAAAGACCAAACAAAGAUCAGACAAAGACCAGACAAAGACCAGACAAAGAUCAGACAAAGACCAAACAAAGACCAGACAAAGACCAGACAAAGACCAGACAAAGACCAGACAAAGACCAGACAAAGACCAGACAAAGAUCAGACAAAGACCAGACAAAGAUCAGACAAAGACCAGACAAAGACCAAACAAAGACCAAACAAAGAUCAGACAAAGACCAGACAAAGACCAGACAAAGAUCAGACAAAGAUCAGACAAAGACCAGACAAAGACCAGACAAAAACCAGACAAAGACCAGACAAAGAUCAGACAAAGACCAGACAAAGAUCAGACAAAGACCAGACAAAGAUCAGACAAAGACCAGACAAAGAUCAGACAAAGACCAGACAAAGACCAAACAAAGACCAAACAAAGACCAGACAAAGACCAGACAAAGACCAGACAAAGACCAAACAAAGACCAAACAAAGAUCAGACAAAGACCAGACAAAGACCAGACAAAGACCAGGCAAAGACCAAACAAAGACCAAACAAAGACCAGACAAAGAUCAGACAAAGACCAGACAAAGACCAAACAAAGAUUAGACAAAGACCAAACAAAGAUCAGACAAAGACCAAACAAAGACCAAACAAAGACCAGACAAAGACCAGACAAAGACCAAACAAAGACCAAACAAAGACCAGACAAAGACCAGACAAAGACCAGACAAAGACCAGACAAAGACCAAACAAAGACCAAACAAAGAUCAGACAAAGACCAGACAAAGACCAGACAAAGAUCAGACAAAGACCAAACAAAGAUCAGACAAAGACCAGACAAAGACCAGACAAAGACCAGACAAAGACCAGACAAAGAUCAGACAAAGACCAGACAAAGAUCAGACAAAGACCAGACAAAGACCAAACAAAGACCAAACAAAGAUCAGACAAAGACCAGACAAAGACCAGACAAAGAUCAGACAAAGAUCAGACAAAGACCAGACAAAGACCAGACAAAGACCAGACAAAGAUCAGACAAAGACCAGACAAAGAUCAGACAAAGACCAGACAAAGACCAAACAAAGAUCAGACAAAGACCAAACAAAGAUCAGACAAAGACCAAACAAAGACCAAACAAAGACCAGACAAAGACCAGACAAAGAUCAGACAAAGACCAGACAAAGACCAGACAAAGACCAGGCAAAGACCAAACAAAGACCAAACAAAGACCAGACAAAGAUCAGACAAAGACCAGACAAAGACCAAACAAAGAUUAGACAAAGACCAAACAAAGAUCAGACAAAGACCAAACAAAGACCAAACAAAGACCAGACAAAGACCAGACAAAGACCAAACAAAGACCAAACAAAGACCAGACAAAGACCAGACAAAGACCAGACAAAGACCAGACAAAGACCAGACAAAGACCAAACAAAGACCAAACAAAGACCAGACAAAGACCAAACAAAGAUCAGACAAAGACCAGACAAAGACCAGACAAAGACCAGACAAAGACCAAACAAAGACCAAACAAAGAUCAGACAAAGACCAGACAAAGACCAGACAAAGAUCAGACAAAGAUCAGACAAAGAUCAGACAAAGACCAAACAAAGACCAGACAAAGACCAAACAAAGAUCGGACAAAGACCAGACAAAGAUCAGACAAAAACCAGACAAAAACCAAACAAAGAUCAGACAAAGACCAGACAAAGACCAAACAAAGACCAAACAAAGACCAGACAAAGACCAGACAAAGAUCAGACAAAGACCAGACAAAGACCAAACAAAGAUCAGACAAAGACCAGACAAAGACCAGACAAAGACCAGACAAAGACCAAACAAAGACCAAACAAAGACCAGACAAAGACCAGACAAAGAUCAGACAAAGACCAGACAAAGAUCAGACAAAGACCAGACAAAGACCAAACAAAGACCAGACAAAGACCAGACAAAGAUCGGACAAAGACCAGACAAAAACCAGACAAAGACCAGACAAAGAUCAGACAAAGACCAAACAAAGACCAGACAAAGACCAGACAAAGACCAAACAAAGACCAGACAGAGACCAGACAAAGAUCAGACAAAGACCAGACAAAGACCAAACAAAGAUCAGACAAAGACCAGACAAAGACCAAACAAAGAUCGAACAAAGACCAGACAAAAACCAGACAAAGACCAGACAAAGAUCAGACAAAGACCAGACAAAGAUCAGACAAAGACCAGACAAAGACCAAACAAAGAUCAGACAAAGACCAAACAAAGAUCAGACAAAGACCAAACAAAGAUCAGACAAAGACCAGACAAAGACCAGGCAAAGACCAAACAAAGACCAAACAAAGACCAGACAAAGAUCAGACAAAGACCAAACAAAGACCAAACAAAGACCAAACAAAGACCAGACAAAGACCAAACAAAGAUCAGACAAAAACCAGACAAAAACCAAACAAAGAUCAGACAAAGACCAGACAAAGACCAAACAAAGACCAAACAAAGAUCAGACAAAGACCAAACAAAGACCAAACAAAGACCAAACAAAGACCAAACAAAGACCAGACAAAGACCAGACAAAGAUCAGACAAAAACCAGACAAAAACCAGACAAAGACCAAACAAAGAUCAGACAAAGACCAGACAAAGAUCAGACAAAGACCAGACAAAGCCCAGACAAAGAUCAUGUAAUGAAAUAG